AUGACGCUUCGAUAUGAACCCGAAUUUUGGUCAGUCCUGGAGCCGCUGGUUCCCACACUGCCUAAGCGAGAACCGCUUUCCCUGGAUAAUAUCAAGGCUGGAAGGGAGGCACGAGAAGAUGACAUGAGGGCUGCGUUUGAAAGCUUGGAUACCUGUCCAGACGUGAAUCAAAGAUCUUAUAACAUUGAAACCCCCGAUAGUUACACCAUAUCCGUUCUUGCGCUCACGCCAGGCGUUGCUCAAGACGAUCCAGGGCCGUGUCUACUUCACUUCCAUGGAGGUAGAAUGAUCCUAGGAUCAGCCGAGAUUCAAGCAAAACCGCUAGCACAAUUGGUCAGCAUGACAACAGUUCCUGUGUUCAGCGUCAACUAUCGGCUAGCCCCAGAGUUCAAGGGAACUACUCCUGUACAGGACAGCUACACAGCUCUGCUCUGGCUACAUAGCAAAGCACAGGAAUUCAAUAUCAACCCAAGGAGAAUCGGUGUGAUGGGUGAGAGCGCAGGCGGGGGUAUCGCGGCUGGUGUUGCGCUUAUGGCUCGAGACAAAAGAUUAAAUCCGGGGCUGGCGAAACAGGUCCUAAUCUAUCCGAUGAUCGAUGACUGCAACAUAAUUCCCAACAAAGCGAUCGAACCUCUUGCAAUUUGGAAGACCACGGAUAACACCACAGGUUGGGCUGCGCUUCUAGGCGAUGAAGCAGGGAAACCCGAGGCAGUUAGCAUCUCCUAUUAUUCAGCUCCUGCUCGGGCUCCAAGUCUAGCUGGUCUUCCACCAAUAUUUAUCGAUGUUAGAUGCCUUGAUAUCUUCUUACAGGAGAAUAUCAAAUACGCUAUAAGACUACUGGCCGAGAAUAUCCCAACCGAGCUACAUGUGUAUCCAGGCUUGCCUCAUGGCUUCGAGUUGAUCGCACCUAACAUCACCGCUACAAAGAAGGCCGAAGAGAAUCGUUACAGAGCUAUACUAGGCAUUUAA